AUGCAAAGGGGUUUGGAUUCACAAACUAAAAAACAACUAGAAGAGGAAGAAAAGAAGAUAAUUAGUGAAGAACACUGGUAUCUUGAUUUACCGGAUCUGAAGGAGAAAGAGAGCUUUAUAAUAGAAGAGAGGAGCUUUAUGCAAUGUGAGGAUCUACUUUAUGGCAGAAUGUCCUUCAAAGGAUUCAAUCCAGAAGUUGAGAAGUUAAUGAUCCAAAUGAACUCUAAGGGCAAGGAAAAAGAAAUUGAAGUGGAUGAUAAAAUGGAGGCUGAUGUGUCAGAUGAAGAAAUGGCCAGAAGAUAUGAAACAUUAGUGGGAACAAUAGGAAAGAAAUUCCUGAGAAAGAGAGACCAGCGUGUACUCCAGGAUGAGGAUGAAGAUGAAGAUGGGAAUAGUAACACAAGACCUAGCAAGAAAGCUAAGAAAAAAUUCUUAAAACCUCAGGAUUAAUGUCAACCGCACAACUGGAGCUAAGAGAAAUGUUACCUACCAAAUAUAGUAUCACGAACUGGAGAUGGUUUGGAGUUUUUGCUAUUUAACAUAAAGGCUUUGUAAAUCCCAGUCUGUUCUCGUUGAAAUUUCCACCAUCCACAUGACAGACACUUUUCGAAGUGGUUGUGUGUAGAAUGGAUGUCAUACAUCCUUUCCUCUCAGCAGUUUUUUAAUGUGUGGAGCAUAAUCCCAUC